AAGUUGCGUAAAAUCAUACUAAAAGAUCUUAACACCAUGUGUGGAGGUGCGAUCAUUUCUGAUUGCUUACCGGCGCCGACGAGUUCUCGCCGGUUAACCGCCGACUUCCUUUGGCCGGCCACCGGCGUGAAUAAGAGUCUUAGCAAUUACUGUUAUAGUUCUGCUCGAUCUCAGGAUGUGGACGAUGCUUUUGAGGCUGAUUUUCAGGAUUUCAAGGAUUAUCAUGAAGAUGAAGAACAGGAUGUUAAACCGUUUGCUUUCUCUGCUUCUUCUAAGUCUGAAACCUGUGUAAAAAGGAAGAGGAAGAGUGAGUACAGGGGAAUUCGUCAGCGGCCAUGGGGUAAAUGGGCUGCUGAAAUCCGUGAUCCAAAGAAAGGAGUUAGGGUUUGGCUUGGAACUUUUAACACUGCAGAAGAAGCUGCAAGGGCUUAUGAUGCUGAAGCUAGAAAGAUCCGUGGCAAGAAAGCUAAGGUUAACUUCCCUGAUGAAACUCCACCUAAUUCCUUCACUAAACCAUCAUCGAUCAAGAACACUCAGAUGGAUCAAGGAAUAAAAUCCUUUGAUUAUUGUGGAGACUAUAAUGCUAAGACACCUGAAAUAUCAUCCAUUAUCUUCAUGGAUGAUGUUGAGCCUGUUGAGGAGAGUUCUAUGACUAAAUUCUCUGAGAAUCUCAGUGAUUUUGAAUCCGAAAUGAAAUUCUUCCAGAUCCCAGAUCCUGAAAUGAAUUGGGAGUUUCUCAAUAAUAAUGGGGAGAUGAUUAUUGGCCAGGAUGGUGGGGAUGUUAUGGAUCUUUGGACCUUUGACGAUUUCCCAAAUGUCACCGGAGUUUUCUUCUGAAAUCGGUAUUUCUGCUCCCUCUUUGACUAUCUUCUGUAAAUAAUGCUCUGCUUUAUGUUAGUAAACGUGUGUUUGUUAAAGGAGUUGAUCAUACGUUCAAUUGCCUUUAGUUGUAUUAGAUAACUAUGUGAAUCUCAACUUCAUGUUUGUCUUUAUGGAUGUUGUUGUUUUGAUGUUCUAACUUGGUAUCAUAGAGAAUAAACACAUUCGAGAAAAGCUUUGGA